AUGCUCGCCAACGCUGCCACGAUGCGGAUCCUCAUCAAGGGGGGGAAGGUGGUGAACGACGACUGCACCCUGGAGGCUGACGUCUACAUUGAGAACGGCAUCAUCCAGCAGGUGGGCCGUGAGCUCAUGAUCCCCGGCGGAGCCAAGGUCAUCGAUGCCACCGGCAAGCUGGUGAUCCCGGGGGGCAUCGAUACCAGCACCCACUUCCACCAGACCUUCAUGAACGCCACCUGCGUGGAUGACUUCUACCAUGGCACCAAGGCUGCCCUGGUGGGGGGAACCACGAUGGUGAUUGGGCACGUGCUUCCGGACAAGGACAUCUCCCUCCUGGACGCCUACGAAAAGUGCCGCAGCCUGGCUGACCCCAAGGUGUGCUGCGACUACGCCCUGCACAUGGGCAUCACCUGGUGGGCACCAAAGGUGAAGGCGGAGAUGGAGACCCUGGUGCGGGAGAAGGGCAUCAACUCUUUCCAGAUGUUCAUGACCUACAAGGACUUGUACAUGCUGCGGGACAGCGAGCUCUACCAGGUCUUCCACGCCUGCAAGGACAUUGGCGCCAUCGCCCGCGUCCAUGCCGAGAAUGGAGAGCUGGUGGCCGAGGGGGCCAGGGAAGCCCUGGAGCUGGGCAUCACUGGCCCGGAAGGGAUCGAGAUCAGCCGGCCGGAGGAGUUGGAAGCUGAAGCUACGCAUCGGGUCAUCACCAUCGCUAACCGGACUCACUGCCCCGUCUACCUGGUCAACGUUUCCAGCAUGUCAGCCGGGGACGUCAUUGCCACCGCCAAGAUGCAAGGGAAGGUGGUGUACGCAGAGACCACCACGGCCCACACUGCGCUGACGGGCUUGCACUACUACCACCAGGACUGGUCCCACGCAGCGGCUUAUGUCACCGUCCCGCCCUUGCGGCUGGACACCAACACCUCCACCUACCUCAUGAGCCUGCUUGCCAAUGACACCCUGAACGUGGUGGCCUCGGACCACCGACCCUUCACCACCAAGCAGAAAGCCAUGGGCAAGGAGGACUUCACCAAGAUCCCCCACGGAGUCAGUGGAGUGCAGGACCGCAUGGCCGUCAUCUGGGAACGGGGAGUGGUGGGGGGCAAGAUGGACGAGAACCGCUUUGUCGCCAUCACCAGCUCCAACGCUGCCAAGAUCUACAACAUGUACCCCCGCAAGGGCCGCAUCAUCCCCGGGGCCGACGCAGACGUGGUCGUGUGGGACCCAGAGGCCACCAAGACUAUCUCGGCCAGCACACAGGUCCAGGGCGGGGACGUGAACCUCUUUGAGAACAUGCGCUGCCACGGGGUGCCCCUGGUCACCAUCAGCCGCGGGCGCGUGGUCUACGAGAACGGCGUCUUCAUGUGCGCCGAGGGCACCGGCAAGUUCUGCCCCCUCCGCUCCUUCCCAGACUCCGUCUACAAGAAGCUGGUGCAACGGGAAAAGAGUUUAAAGCUUAAGGGCGUGGACCGCACCCCCUACCUGGGGGACGUGGCCGUGGUUGCGCACCCUGGGAAAAAAGAGACGGGGACGCCCCUGGCAGACACGCCCACCCGGCCGGCCACGAGACACGGGGGCAUGCGGGAUCUCCACGAGUCCGGCUUCAGCCUUUCCGGUUCUCAGAUCGAUGACCAUGUUCCAAAGCGAGCUUCGGCCCGGAUUCUCGCUCCCCCCGGAGGCAGGUCUAGCGGCAUUUGGUAGCUGCUCCCCCGACUUGUCCCCCGACUAAGGACGCCGUCGCCGCCCCCCCUCCACUCGCCCGGCUGCCCCCCCCACGCCCUGCGGGCUCGAGGCAGACACACCUUUCACCGGACCAGCACCUCACACCUGAUGCCGUGGUGACCCCCCCACCAAGACCCGUCCCCGGAAUGAGGCUGCCGAGGGCCAGAGGCACCCCCCCUCACUCCACGGCUGCAUGGAAACACAGGCUGAGGCACCGGGGGGGGGGGAGAGAUGCUGGGCUGCUUCUGUCUCUUUCUUCCUAGUGGAGGGUGGCAGCUCCCCCAAGUGCCACGGGCGGUGGGGGUGGGGGCCGAAUUAGGGAGGGGGCAGGGCCAAGGGGGAACCACCUGGGCCCCAGUUCCUUUCUGUUUUGCACGUUGGGUUUUUUGGAUAAGUGACAUUUUGACUUGUUUGUGCAUCACGUGGAAAAAAAAGAAUAAUCCUGAA